AGUUACUAUAGCGGCUUGAGCCCGUCGCCGUCGAAGACGCCCGCCCCGGACCGUUGCCGCCCCUCGCCCCGCCGCCACCCUCCCCCCACCGCGCUAUAAACCCGGACUCCGUCCCCUGCGACGACGAAGCAACCCAACACCGGCGACCUCCGCCAACCCCCACCAACCCCCGCCGCCUCUGCCCCUCGCGCGCGAUGCAGGCCCUCCUCGCCUCGCCUUCGCUCAGGGCUUCUCUCCCCUCCGCCCGCCCCUCCCUGCCGUCGCGGGGCCUCGUCGCCCUCGCCGCCCCCGCCGCCCGCGCCCGCCCGCUCCGCUGCGGCCCCAGGGACACCAUGGAGGCGCUGGCGCGGGACGAGAUGCUCAACGCGGUGGAGCUGGAGCAGUGGGAGAGCGGCAAGUCCGCCAACGACAUCGCCGCCUGCCAGGGGAUCCGCAUCCGCCGCCACGGCCGCCCCGCCGCCUCCAUGGACGACAUCCAGGCCGAGAUGGGCGCGCCCCGCAACAUCCUCGAGAAGAUCAUCUGGGACAAGGAGAUCGAGGUGGCCCAGGGGCUUGCCAGGUGUCCUCUGAAUGAGGUGAUUGAGUCUGCAGGGAAGGCUCCUCCUACAAGAGACUUCUAUGGUGCGUUGGCAGCAGCCCACAAGCGUAAUGGGGUGCCAGCAUUGAUCGCUGAGGUCAAGAAGGCAUCACCAAGUCGGGGCGUACUAAGGGAGAACUUCGAUCCUGUUGAAAUUGCUCAGGCUUAUGAAAAGCAUGGAGCUGCGUGCUUGAGCAUCUUGACUGAUGAGAAAUACUUCCAGGGAAGUUUCGAGAAUCUUCAGAAGGUGCGCAAAGCAGGAGUGAAGUGCCCCCUUCUGUGCAAAGAGUUCGUCGUUGAUAAAUGGCAGAUCUAUUAUGCCCGUGUGAUGGGUGCUGAUGCAGUUCUGUUAAUUGCCGCUGUGCUAACUGAUCUUGACAUAAAAUACUUUCUACGGAUAUGCAAGGAGUUGGGAUUGACAGCUCUUAUUGAGGUUCAUGAUGAAAGAGAGAUGGAGCGUGUCCUCGCAAUAAAUGGUGUUCAGCUUAUUGGCAUCAACAACCGUAGCCUUGAGACAUUUAUAGUGGAUACUUCGAACACGAAGACGUUGCUGGAGAAGCAUGGCGAUGCCAUCAGGGAGAAAGGAAUAUUGGUUGUCGGUGAAUCUGGGCUAUUCAACCCAGAUGAUGUUGCUUAUGUGCAGAAUGCCGGAGUUUCUGCUGUCUUGGUAGGAGAAUCCUUGGUGAAGCAAGCAGACCCAGGGCUCGCCAUCGCCGGACUCUUCGGGAAAGAACUGGUGCACUGAAACAACUAGAUCAGACUUAUUUGUGGUAGACUAGUAGUAGUAGUUGCGAGACCACCGCAUGAUUUGAAUUUUGAAUAAUAAUGGUCUCUUGUUUUCUUUUGGUUAUGCGGGAAAUAAACAUAUAUGUUUAUUCUUUAUUUAUGGGGAAUAAAUGUCUACCAGUGGUGUGCACAGUUAACAUAAUAUGAGCAAUCUUGUAGUCAACUCAGACACAAACAUGACCAUACUGUAUCCAGAUUAAUCCGACAACAAGGAACGUAAGAUGCUUGAUUUC